AUGGACAAUCUGAAUAAUGUCAAUGAUUUCAAUAAAGUUAUCAAACAGUUGACAGAAGAACGUGAUGCGCUUGUAAUCAAAUCUAACAAUCGAGGUACAGGUAAUAGUAAUACUAUCAGUAAACGCAUUGAAGAAUUGAAUGAACGCAUUAACGAAUUAAUUCGAAAGCGUAAUCAGAAACUUCGCAAGGCUUAUACGCGUCCAGUCAUCGAGCCACCCACCAGUGCUACCGUAGUACCAUGUGUAAAACUCGGCACAGAGCUUAGACCAAACAUCACGAAAAUGAAUAUUGGACAUGAUAAAACGAAACUCAAAAUGGCACCUUCAUGGUUUGAUGCAGACGAUGAGCAAGAAGCAUUGAAAGGCAUUGUCUAUCCAUCGGAUACUGUUGAUCAACGCCCAUUUAACACUGUGGCCCGCUAUAGAAUGGCUACUGGACAAUCGAACAACUUCCGUCAGCAACCAAUUAAUGUAGAUGAAAAUUCUACCGAAACGCUCAUAUUAAUGCUUGAUGCUUUCGCUCAACAAUUCGGUGCCGAUUUGAGCUUUACUAACGGUGAGCUACCCUUCGACGAGAGUGCUUAUCGAACUGCCUGUGGAGUAGCUAAUUUAGGCAGUGCUCAUUUACUGCCGACGAACAAUAUUCCAACGGCGGGAUUUUCCGUUCUUGUACAUCUCGACUAUGAUAAAAAUCUUGCUAAAUCGAACGAUACUAUGAAAGAUUUCCUAUUAAACUUUACUCAAGCAAUUGCUCGAAAAUUAAAUAUUCCUGAGGAUUAUGUUCGAGUAUUUUCUGUUGAGAAAUCAGUCGAAACGCCUAAUACAACGAUUGUUCACUUUGGUCUCACAAGUCCUAAUCAGAAAGAAACCAAACAAAUGGCUGACGAUUUUCAGGAACGAGCUCGUUUAGGCUUUGAAGAAAAUGCUAUACUUCAUUAUAUUAAACCAGCGGAAUAUCCAUACUCAUGGGCGCCUAUGCUAUCAUAUCUACAGCUGAGACCGAGCGAUUUCGCUCCAGCCUAUAAUAUGGACUAUAGAAAGUCAGGCAUGCCUGAGUCUCAACAUCGUGGUGGUUACACUUACUAUUUGCCAAUUGGUUGGUAUCGUCAUGCACUCAAAGUUGAUCAAAAGUAUCCAGAUGAUGCUGUUUGGCUUGGUUCUACCAAUGGCAAAGGCGAAUGGCCAGUUGCCUUCCAUGGAACAGAUUCAAGGAAAAUAAGCGGAGUUGCUUCCAAUGGUCUCAUAGUAAAUGCGGCUGAAAAUGAUUUCGUGAGACAAGAAGCAGUGGAACAAAUGGGACCAACUAUGGAUCAACCGGGAAUCUAUUUGACAACUCAUUGUGACGGGGGCGCCCAUCCGCAGUAUACGAGACCGUUCUAUGUACAACUACCAGAUAGAACGAACAAAACAUUUCGAGUUGUUUUUAUGUGUCGUGUACAGCCAGGAAAAUUCACUACUCAUCAUGUGCCCACUUCGACCGGUCUUAUUUGGCGUGUCGUUGAUCCGAAUGCCGUUCGCCCUUACGGCAUUCUAGUUAAAGACGAAGAUACACCUGAUAAGAUUUAA